UCUCUCUCUCUCUCCUCUACGGUCAACCCUGUCUUUCUUCUCUGCGUUUCGUCCGCGCCUCCAUCCGCUCGCUUUACACGCGUCUCGGCUCUCGGCUCCGACCGCGGGAGGAGCAUAACGAUAUUCCGCUGACAGCGGCGCGGCGGUCUGAAGUUGUCCGCGCGCGAGAGGCGACGACGCCGCGGUUGGUUCGCGACGCGCGCGCUUUUAAUGUCCGUCGACGGUGCCGGUCGCACCGCGUUCUCGUGCCUCGUCGUGCCCGACGUAGCCUCGAGUUGGCGCCGCGACGUCCGUCCUCGUCGCCGCCGUCGCCGUCGUCAUCGUCGUCAUCAUCAUCAUCAUCAUCAUCAUCAUCAUCAUCAUCACGUCGGCGUCAUCAUCGCGACAGCUGCGUCGCCGUCGUGCCAUUGUAGCCGCAUCGCGACGAUGAAAUGAGUCGUCGUUCGUUUCGAUCGCAUCGACACGCGAUUGAUCGCAGUGGUGCUGAAAUAGUGGGCACGGCGAAGGGAGGAUAGAUCGCCGGAUGACAAAACAGUGAUAACGGGACGUUCGCAUGCGCGUCGUCCGCGCGGCUGAGGUAAUCGCAAGAGAGCAACGCUUCGAAUAAAGGAGAAAGAGAGCCGGACAAGAGGAGAGAGAGAAACAAGUGAGGACGCAAGAGUUGACAGGCAUGAUGCGCCGCUGUGCCUUAGAACGUCAAUGGACGACGAACUCGUGAGGCGAGGAUCGAGCUGACGCCCCCCUCCCUGUGAACGGAACCUGGCUGCGACGUCGAGGAGCCGAAGCUGGAGGAAGAGGUGGAGGGGGAGGAGGAGGAGCCGCCGGACGUAACCCUCGUCGAGGCACCGGCUCGCGCGAAUAUGAGCAUGACUCUCGUUCGAAAUUCGUUCAAAGCUCGUCUUGGAUGUACGGAGACCGCAGACACUCGGAUUGGCUCCAUCGUUUCGAGCUGCAGCGAGGACGACGCAGGUGUCGUGGAUGCGGAGGUAGGCGGAGGUUGUGCGGGUGGAGCACCAACCGGAGGAGGUGGAAGUAUUGCCGGUGAUGGAGGUGGUGGUGGUGGUGGUGGUGGUGGUGGCGGUGGCGGUAGUGGUGGCGGCGGCUGCGGUGGAGGUGGCUGCGGAGGGCGAGGAGCUGGUGAGGGUGGUUCAGCGAAGCAGCAGCAGCAGCAACAACAGCAGCAGCAGCAGCAGCAGCACCAACAGGGUGGCGAAAGGUGCUCUCAGUGCGGCAUCCUCUGUCGGGACGUCCAUGUCCUGCAGCUUCAUCUCGAGGACGCGCACAAAACAUCCUAUCCCAUUGAUAAGCACGAUCUCAACGCCCAGUUCUCCCAAGUGUCUUGCAAGGUGUGUAGCAAAACUUUCGCUAACGUCUAUCGACUACAGAGGCAUAUGAUCAGUCAUGAUGAAAGUGCCGUUCUGCGAAAGUUCAAAUGUCCUCAUUGCGAGAAGGCCUUCAAGUUCAAGCAUCAUCUUAAAGAGCAUCUGCGCAUUCACAGCGGAGAAAAGCCAUUCCAGUGCAACAAUUGCGGCAAGCGUUUCUCUCAUUCUGGAUCGUACUCGAGCCAUAUGACGGCGAAGAAAUGCUUGAUAAUGAAUCUGAAGAAGUCCAGGCAGAAUACCAUAAGCAACGUCGAUCGGGGACCGAAGAAAGCGCAUCAGCCGUUGUCAGGACGACGCGACGUUGAUCCGCUUGCCAAUAAUAACACGUUCCUUCCGAUUCUGCCGAAGCUGUCACCUUCAGAAUAUCAAGAUAUGCAAAGGGAGGGUACAGGUGUCUACGACAUGCCGCCGUCCUUGCUACCCUCGAUGAUCGGUUUGGGAAGUUAUUUUCUGCAGACUUCACUGGGUAAACUCUUACAUCACUUGCAUACUAAGCGAAUCGAUGAGCUUACUGAACAUUUCGAGACGCAUCGGGAAGUAAUGAGUCCAUCAACAGCGGACUCUGAGGGAACGGAAGGCACAGAGGGCAAAGAGUCUCCCGCGCCAGCUGACUCUCAGGGUCUUGACGCUGUCCGGCGAAUUUUAGAGACCGUGAAUACUUCCGUCACGAAGCAGUUACUGGAAGCGAAUGUGCGGAAGCUCUCCACGUCUCCAGCUAUAACGAAACGAGAGUUUGAGGAGGAUUAUCAAGAUCAAGAUAGUGAGAUGUCCAGUGAGAUGACACAUUGUCCGGACUGGGCUGCGACGGAUCAAUAUGAUUCACAGAGUGAAGGUUUAGCCGCAAAGCUCGAGAACGUCAAUCAACCAACGUCGAGAUCAACCUACAAGAGAAAAAGGGAGGACAGUUCUGAGGCGGAUUCAGAGGAUGAGGAUGAAGGGAAUCAAACUCACAACGACAAUGGCAGGCGGGUGAGAGCUAGAUCACUCAUAGAUGAUGAACAGUUGGCUGUUCUGAAGGGUUACUAUGCUAUUAACCCGCGUCCUAAGAAGGAGGAGAUCAAUAUGAUCGCCGAUUACAUUAAGUUUCCUACCCGUGUUGUACAGGUUUGGUUUCAAAAUUCUCGAGCCAGGGAUCGAAGGGAAUCGAAGGGAAUGCCAGGUCUGGUACCUUUGACACUACCAAGAAAUCAGGCUGUAAUCGAGCAACCCUUGGAUCUCUCUAAAAAGGAAGCGCUUGCUAUGUCGACAACCAAAGAAAGCGAUACGUCGAGUAGAAAUACUUCAUCUCCCUGCGAGCAGAAGGAUGAUAAUAAUCCAGCCCCGAACGUCGACAACGAUGAUCUCGAGGAUUCACCUCUCGUCAUAGAUGAAGAAACUACUACUGACCCUGUUGAAGUCAAGCGUAUACCACCAACUGGAGAGAUAAUUGCGAAGAGCCAAAAUCAAGUGAACGCGAAAGGCGAAAGUGAGGUUAUACCUCAACCAGAAGUAACCCCCAUAGCAACGGAAACCGAGCAGGGUCUUUAUUUCUGUGAUCGGUGCGACAAAACAUUUUCCAAACACAGUUCCCUCGCGAGACACAAGUAUGAACAUUCCGGGCAAAGGCCGUACAAAUGCGUGGAGUGUCCCAGAGCGUUCAAGCACAAGCAUCAUCUGACUGAACAUAAACGGCUGCACAGUGGCGAAAAGCCCUUCCAGUGCUCCAAGUGCCUCAAGCGCUUCUCUCACUCCGGCUCCUAUAGCCAGCACAUGAAUCAUCGUUACUCUUACUGCAAGCCCUACAGAGAAUAGGAGUACUUCGCCUGCUCACUCAAGGCUCGCUCGCUUACCUAGGUAGUCUUUUCUCCUUACAUCUAGGAUUUCCCUCUUUUACGCGUAAGUUUUUCCUCCAAAAUUUCCGAGAAGGAAAUCCACGAUUUCACUUUGCGAAAAAGUGAAAACACAAGGAAAUGCUAGAACGCCUUUCUAUCUUCCACUCGGCACGAACUUUAAGAAAAAGAUACCGCGACGUUUCGCGGAGCUAUAAGUAUAGUAUACAUAAGAUACUGCGACAUCACAUAACGAAAUCGUGGCGUUAUAUAUUGGGCCAGUUCGUACUUCGAAGAAGGAAAGGAGGAUGUGGAUUAAUAAUUCGGAGAAUGCGAUUCAAAGAAUCGGGAAUUAAGUUCUGAGUCGCAAGUUAAAACUCGCGAGAUCACAAAGAUUUAAUAAUGCGUAUAGAGUAAGAUAUCGAUAUCGAUUACGAAUAAAUAAUCGAUUCGAAAUCUCGCGAGUAUAUAUGGGGGUGAUAAAUCGCGUAUUAAGACAAAUGUCGUUGUAUCUCGUCUGGAUUAGCUUUAGAUUUUAUUAAUCUUCUAUUCUACGUCGUGAAGAAAGGGGAAAGAAACAACUAGUUAAUGCGAACGAAAGAAAACUAUUCGCGGUAAGCGUAAGUUGACAAAUAAACCAAACACGUGUAACGGUACCAAAAAUGCAUAAUGCAAUAAUCUAUAUAUAAUAUAUAAUAUACAUAAUAUUUUAGUAUUUUUAUUAACAAGAUACUAUAUAUACCAUGACAAUAAUAAGGAACUAAUUAAUGUACAAAUUUGUUAGCCACGUCCGCAUGAGGAGAGAGCGCGAUGUCCAUUCUCAAUGUUCGCGUGUAAGUAGCAUACAAACCUCAAUAAUAUACGAAGCCAGAUUUGACGAUUGGAAAACGCAUGACGUGAUAUAUACUCGGUGAAUUCGUUUCAUGAAAAGACGGUGCUUGGUAUCUCGACAAAUAACUUUACAUCUCAGGUUCCAAUGAUAUAAUUCAAAUAUAAGAAUGGAGAUCGCGCACGCGCGCAGUGUAAAACGAGCGCUCGUUCUACACGGGUAAAAAUGGAUAUAUUGAGUUUACCGAAUCAAAUAUGUCUGGACUCAGCUGUUAAUUGAGCUUAACGUUAAAAAAGGAAGGAAACAGUCGGAUGUAAAACGGGGAGUAGAAUCUCAUGUUCCGCCUCCUUAAAAUGGAUAACUUCACACGACAAAGGGCUAUAUAGUAAUUAUUAUAUAUUAUUAUAUAUAUAUGUAUAGACUGGGAGAGACAGAGAGAGAGAGAGAGAGAAAGAGAGAGCGAAAGAGAGAGAGAAUGUGAAAAUUUUAAGGGCCAUGCGGGUCGGUGAUUGAUGUCAUGCGAGCGACUUUUUUUUACUAUUGUACUUACAAGUUGACAAGUUGAUAACGCAUUAUUCCUAUAAAUAUAACGACUACCGUUCAAAACUACACAAACGCAUAGUACAUAGAAAGUGCGCUAUACAUUCCGCGAAUAUUCGUUUUCUGUUUUCUAUUUUCUCCUUUUCUUUUUCUGGGCCUCAUUUACCGUUUUUUUCUUGCAACGAAUAACACCGCAUGACACGUAAUUUUAUCAUAAUCCUUCCGGCUUUUGUGAAAACGGUCACUGAUUUUUUCCCGUGACGCGUUCGUUUUACGUGGCGGAGCGUAGAUUCGAUGGAAUACGAAUAACACGAAGUUCCGAAAAACAUAAAAGAUAUCUAAAAAUUCGUCCGAAGAGAAUAUCGUUUAGAAUAUCUUUUAGACGCGUUUCUUCCGAUCAUUCGUGUUGUUCGAAAAAGUGCGCGACGACGAAUGAGAAACAUGUAAUAAAACCUCGCAAUAAUCUCUUCACCGAAAUCCGAGGCCCGAAUACACAGUAAACGUCUAAGUAUGAUAUUAAAUGCUUCCAAACACAUACUAUUAUAAAAUUAUUAUAUUACGACGUUUAUAUGAUUUUAUUUGUUCGGACGCGUAGGGGUAAGAA